AUGAGCGCGACACUGCUCAGCAAUGAGCUGUCCAACCUCUCUUCAGAAGCCAAGCGGAAGAAUGGCGAUUUACGAGCGGCGGCAGAUAAGUCGUUGCAGGAGCUCAAGUCGCUGCCGACGACUUCGGAGCAGCAGUUAGCAGCUGAUCUAAGUCGUCGUCCGGCCUUUAUUGAGCCGUUUGUGAUUGCUUGCAAGACGAGGAAUGCCAAAUUCGCCGGGAGUGGAAUCGCCUGCCUACAAAGACUGGUCAUAUCGAAAGGACUCCCCAAAUCACGACUCAACGAUGCCCUCGAAGCAUUCAACUCCUGCACCGAUCUGGGUCUGGACGUACAGCUGAAGAUUCUCCAAGCCUUACCUUCGUUACUCCAGAACUAUGCCGCGGACCUGGAGGGAGAUCUCCUGAGCGGUGCCCUGCAACUCGUUACCACAGUGUUCGAGAAAGUGGCCACAGAAGAUCGAGAUGCAGAUGCGAUAGGCAAGACGACUGAAGUACCUGGCGACGACGGGCCUCUCCAUCUUCGGCCUGCAGCAUUCGAUGCUUACAGAGUCUUUCGAGAUCUUGCGCUGGCAGCAGAUGAACGAAGAACAAAAUUCGUCCAGUUCACCUCGUUAUCGGUCGACUCCAGUCUGGAACUCAUCUGGUCAUGCAUCGAUUCGAACUCGGAGCUGUUCAAAGCUCAUGACGAGCUCAUGUCAAUCAUCGGGGCAAAUGUCUUCCCAAUCGUUGUGAGAGCGCUAUCUGAGAGGCUCCCUUUUUCCGUGACUGUCAGAUCUAUCCGCAUUCUGGACUUGGUGUUGGACAGGUACAUGUCAACAUUUCCGGGGGAUUGCGAGGUGGCCUUGAGUCUUUGCACUCAAGUACUCGAGCCGGAUGCUUCACCUGCAUGGAAACGUGCCUUGGUCAUGGAAAUUCUCAGAGACUUCUUUGCGGACAGCAACCAUGUGGUUGAUGCGUAUACCCUGUACGACCACCGUGAAAGUGGAAAACCUAUCGUUCAAGAUAUCAUGUCGACAUUUGUACGAUUGUCUACAGAGAAGCCCAGCGCCAUCGGUCUAAGCCAGCAGUCAACGGCUCCAACCGGUCCGUCUGAACGGAAAGACAAUACCACCGAUCAGGCUACUCUGGAAGCUGCUGGCGGUAUGGCAGGCGUUAUCAGCUCAGCACUGGGGGUCGUGGAGACUAAUGUUGCUGGUAUAAGCUCUCAAUGGAGCCUGCCGAAACUCGCCACCAUGGAGCAGUUGGACAAAAGCGAUCCUCCAACUAUCCCCGAGACAUACCUCUACGCUUUGGUACUGGAGUGUUUAAAUGGCCUUUCAGACAGUCUCGCCAGGAUUGUGCUUCCACUGACAGUUCAGCACGAAAGGAACAGAUCAAAAACCAACGGCACAUCGGACUCAAAUGGUUCAGGACGCAAGAGGUCGACUUCUUUCCGCACCCAGGCCGUUCCCAUCAAUCCUCUCGAAGCAGAGAGUGCCCCAUAUGCUUCCAAGGUCAAAGCUGUUGCGAGCUUGGUUGAUUCUUGUUGGCCUGCGGUACUUGCUACCGCAUCGACAUUCCUCAAUGCAGCCCUCGACGAUCAGUACUUUCGCAAUUUGAUCAAGGCCUACCAACGAUUCGCGCAAGUUGCAGGCUUGCUACGACUCAACACGCCACGGGAUGCACUCAUGACGACCUUGUCAAAAGCCGCAGUACCUCCACACGUCCUCAAUGCUGCUACUGCCGACCCUGUCCGGUCACCAGCAACGGAGAGUCCGCGUGUGUUCUCGAACCCGAAGAUGAUGCUGAGCGUCGACAGUCUGGUCUCUCAAGCGACGUCAAUGUCUCUAGACAGGAAAGAGGUGGCAAAGCCGAUUUUGACAGUGCGCAAUCUGCUAUGUCUUCGAGCCUUGCUGAACCUAGCUAUUGCUCUUGGUCCGACCCUUGAUUCUGCAUUCGCGGUGAUUGUGAACGCUCUGAAGCAGGCGGACAUCGUCUUGAGCACAACCACACCCAGAGAGAUGACUCGGCAGAGCUCGAUGUCUGGGAGACAAGCCGACGAGGCGUCCGUCGUGCAGGCCUUCAGCUCAGAGGUUGCGGCGGUCGAGGCUGCUGCCUCUCGCCUGCUGGAGAGCACCGCAGACUACCCAAACGAUGCAUUCAUGACAGUCCUGACGACCUUCUCCCAACUGCUGCAUACGAAGCCUCCAGAGCUACCUUCACCUUCGUCGUCGUCUCCACGACUUGAGCAAUCGCCUUCGCCUCCAGCAACGCCCAUGUCUAUUGGCCGAAGGACACUGUCAGGUCUACCCGGUAUCAGCACAUUCGCUGAAAUGCAGGCAAGAGACUACCACUUCGUCAUUCCCAAGCUUGGGACUUUGGCUGAAUUGAACGUGUCUCGUUUCACAGGCGAAGACGCGGCGACCAGCGGUUGGACGAUCCUCGUUGACGAACUUACCGCCGUGGCGAGAACGAACGACUCACCAAGAGAUGCUCGGCGAAGCGCUACUAACGUGCUGGUGAAGCUGUCAGAAGCAACUACAGCAGAUGUCAUGAAAGAAGAACCUGAUGAUAGGGCAGUCGCUCAACGUCGAGCUCUCACAGUAUUGCUUCGUCUCAUCGACGAGAUCUACCUUGAAGACAGUGACCUCACGACAGCUGAUCUGGAGGUGCAGCAUCACGUACUGGAGUCCUUGCGAGCAAUUCUGGAACGCUGUGGUGACUCGCUCGUGGCUGGCUGGAACAGGAUCGUGGCCAUCAUCAGCAGUGCCUUUGAACACGAGGGCGCAACGACCCACGGCAGCGACGAUGAUGAGGUCAACAUCAAUUGGAACGAGGUGUCGUUCGAGCUGGUGUCGGUACAGAUUGGGCGGAUUGCGUUCUCGGCGACCCAGCUCGUCUGUUCAGACUUCAUGGGAGCCCUGCCAAUGCAGGUUGUUCCCUCCCUGAUCGAACUGCUCCAUCGAUUCAUGUGCCAGACAGAGGAUCUGAACGCUUCACUCACGACAGUUACCAUGGCAUGGAAUGUUUCAGACAUCAUCUUUGACGAGAUCUCAGACGAUGAGCUUGCCAAAUUUCUUCGAGAAGCGCAGGAGUUCGACGACCUGGAAGCCGAUCUUCAGCCUAAAUUGAAGCAGUCAAAGCCAGCUCAAUGGCUUCUUCUCUUACUUCGGCUUCGAGAUGUUACGACUCGGCCUUUGAAUGAUAUCAGGAACGCGGCGUUUCAGACUAUCUGCAACGUCUUUAAGAACCACGGCCAGGAACUACCGCCCCCUGCGUGGGACAUUCUCUUGAGGAAUACGCUUCUCAGCAUCUCGCGCUCAGACUCUUACUUGUACUUGCAGUCGGAAGAAGAUGCAAGUGAGUCAAAAGCGACGCCAGACAUCGCCAUGUCCAAGGCAAUCAUCGCGGGAAACUCCACAGUCAUUGCGCAACACUUGCGUGUCAUCGAGCAAGUCUCCAAACUGCCCAGUCUAUGGGAGCUCUUCCUCAGCAUGCUCGAGCGCUACCUCGAGAUCGAAGACCACACUCUCAACACCGAAGUCUACGCCGCCCUAUCCCGAGUCCUUUCAGGCAUCAACCCAUCAACCCAAGUCUGGAAAGGCCCGGUAUACCGCACCGUCUCCCUCUGGCUGAAGGGCACACCACACCAAGCCGACACCAGCAAAAAGCACAGCAACCAGGAUGCCUUCCAGGCCUACGCGGAAGUCGGCGAGGAGCUCUACCGUCUGACACGGGAUACUAUGAGUACCUCCCAAACGCGGACGAUGAUCGACAAUCUGUACCAAUGCGUUCGCGAGUCCGAUGCGCCUCUGUACGGUGCUGAUGCGACGAAUCCCAGUGCUUUGCAGGCUAGAGUGCUGCAGCUGCUGAGAGGGAUGAGACACGACCAGUCUAACAUACCGGCCUGUCUCGUCACCGUGGCAGCGAAGCUUUCGGCGCUACACCAUGAGACUAGCGAUGGGAGCGAAACGAACACCAAGCCAACAUUCGUAGCGAUCGCUUUCGAAGCGAUGGGGUGGCUGCAGGAACUGGUCAUCGCACACAUCGCAGAUCCAGAACUCCUGGACUCGGGCGCUUUGACGCAGGCGGUUCAGAGUCUCCGACAGGUCAUCGCGAGCAAGUAUGCGUACAGACUGGAACACAAGGGGACGCCUCUCUGGAGGGAAGCGACAUCGACGGCGAUCGCGCUCGCCAAACCGGUGCUCGAGCAAAUUUCACCAAAAUCGGAUACGAACACCGUGACGAGACACGCCCUAUGGACCGAAUACGUCGGCAUCGCGAGCGGGAUCAUCUCCGCUAAGGAUAUCCAGCUCGUCGAGGAUGAAAAUAAGAUUUACAAUGACCUCCGCUUCGAUAUCGAGAGUUUUCAUGCUCUUCGUCAGGUCCUCAUCCCGCGCUUGGGCUCCGCGGACGUGGCCGCAGAGACUCGGACGGCGUAUACCCGCGCGCUCUUCACGACGUCCAUCAUCACGCAGCCUGAGUUCGAUAGGAUCCAACUGCCUGAUUCCAAUAACCCGCUCCAAGAUAUCCUGCACAUCCGUCGGGGCCGCGUCAAGCAUGUGACGGAUUUCCGGAGGGAGGAGAUGUGUUAUGUUUGUUGGAGGGAACUUAUUGCGUUGUCGUCUUCCUCUUCCUCCUCUGAUGGUGAUGGUGGUGAAAGGGGCGAGGAGAGGGAAGAUGAGUACAAUCUCCGCCAUCGACUUGCGCAAGCUGCUGCGCCCCUCCUGAUCCUUCGCCUGGCGGUUCCGCUCCGCGCGUACAUUGCCGAUCAGCCGCUCCGGGGACGCAGACCGCAGCCGCUGGUGGAGGUGGAGGAACUUGUGUUCGCGUUGGAUGUCAUCAAGAGUCUGAAGUUGGAUCCGCGUGCGUUGGGAGGUGGCGAAAAUGCACAUGUGAGGAUUUUGUAUCCGCUCCUUGCGAAGGCUGUGGGGACUGCGGGGGAUCGGUGGUCCGGUGAUGGGGACGUUUUGGAGAGGGUGAGGGGGGUUUUGGAGGCGGUUGGCGGUGGGGAGGGGUUGUCGUUUUAG